UGUCACACCAUAAUGUCCUACUUGAUGUGUAAAAUUAAAAUAUAAUAUAUGUUCACUUUAUAUUCGAUUAUAGUCCAGUACUUUCAGAAUAACUGGCUAAACAUGAAAACUGCAUAACGUCUUUCGGAAAAACGAGUAGUUACGACUGAAUCAAUAUUUAAAUUGGUAGAAAAACAUAUGCAAUUUUCUGCAAUGACCUACACAAGCGCAGCAGUGCUGCAGCUCAAGUUGCACUCAGCAGCACUCGAAUAGGGCUAGCUAGUCAUUUACCCAUAUUGUACAUGGCUGGCCCAUUGCUAUAAUGAAACACGCCUGUACCUAGAUUUGUUGUCAUAAAAAUUCAUCUAGUUGUGAUGAAAUGAGGUGGUUGGCGUGUCUGUCAGUGCUCCCGCAGUGGCCCUGAUCGCUGUGCUGGUACCGCCCCUCCAUUCCGGCUCCUGACAGGAUGUCCAGCUCCGGCUUCUCCGCCAACCAGGGGGCCUUCAGCAGCGAACAGAGCUGCUACCCUCCUCACUCAGUCCACUACACUUUCAGCACAGGGCGCCACCAUCAGCCGGAGUAUGUGGCUUCAGACUGCCGGCCUCACCUGCAGGAGGUCAGCUCUGCCUCCCAGCUGCUCCAGCUGCAGCGCCGGGGGCCCUCCCUGCUCUCCGCCUUCCACCCGGGGGCCGAGAGGUCCUCAGAGAGGAGACAUGACUACGGGGCGCAGUUCCACCCGGUUUCCACCCAGGCCGAACACGAGGCGCCCGAGUCCAAACGGCCUCGCGUUGAAACCCUCUCAGACGCACAUUUCCCAUGUGCCCCAGCGCCCGGGAUGGUCCUGUCCCUCCCCCAUGCCCUGCAAGAUGGCCUGAGGACCGCCGGAGACAUUAAAAAGGAGGCCCAUUCGGGGGGGAAGGCUGAGCUGCCCCACCCCGCCGCCCAGCACCAUGGCGGGGGCGAGCAGGACGGCUCUCCCUCCAGACUGUCCAAAGAGGAGCUGAUCCAGAGCAUGGACCGCGUAGACCGCGAGAUCGCCAAGGUGGAGCAGCAGAUCUUCAAGCUGAAGAAGAAGCAGCAACAGCUGGAGGACGAGGCGGCCAAACCGGCGGAGGCGGAGCGGGUGGUGACCACGCCCCCCGUGGAACACAAGCACCGCAGCAUCGUGCAGAUCAUCUACGAUGAGAACAGGAAAAAAGCUGAGCAAGCGCACUGUGUUCUGGAAGGACUCGGGCCAAAGGUUGAGCUGCCACUUUAUAAUCAGCCGUCGGAUACAAAGGUUUAUCACGACAACAUUAAGAUUAACCAGGUGAUGAGAAAGAAGCUUAUUCUUUUCUUCAAGAGGAGGAAUCAUGCUCGCAAACAGAGGGAGCAGAAGAUCUGCCAGCGCUACGACCAGCUGAUGGAGGCCUGGGAGAAGCAGGUGGAGCGCAUGGAGAACAACCCGCGGCGCAAGGCCAAGGAGAGCCGCACCAGGGAGUACUACGAGCGCCAGUUCCCCGAGAUCCGCAAGCAGCGUGAGCAGCAGGAGCGCUUCCAGAGGGUCGGUCAGCGAGGCACCGGCCUCUCGGCCACCAUCGCCAGGAGCGAGCACGAGAUUUCCGAAAUCAUCGACGGGCUGUCGGAGCAAGAGAACAGCGAGAGGCAGAUGCGGCAGCUGUCAGUCAUCCCUCCCAUGCUGUUCGACUCGGAGCAGCGGAGGGUGCGGUUCAUCAACAUGAACGGGCUCAUGAGCGACCCCAUGAAGGUGUACAAAGCCCGGCAGUUCAUGAACGUCUGGAGCGAGCACGAGAAGGAGAUCUUCAAAGAGAAGUUUGUACAGCAUCCAAAGAACUUUGGCCUUAUCGCAUCGUAUUUGGAGAGAAAGUGUGUCUCUGACUGCGUUUUGUAUUACUACUUGACGAAGAAGAACGAGAACUACAAGACCUUAGUGAGACGCAACUUUGGCAAACGCCGAGGUCGAAACCAGCAACAGAUCACACGUCCCGCACAAGAAGAAAAGUCAGAGGACAAGACGGAGGAGGAAAAAGGUGACAAAAAGGAAGAAGAAGAAAAGGAAGAGGAGGAGAAAGAUGAGAAAGAGGAGUCAAAUGCAGGAGACGGGGAGCAUCAGUGGGGGCCGGAGAGCGAGGUGAGACGGAGCCCCGGGCUGGGCGCUAACCUCGCUCUGCGUCCGUCCUGCAGGGACGUCGGCAAGGACAAGGACAAGGGCGACGGGGAGGACGAGGACGGCAAGGAGCCGGGCGCCACGCGGGGCCGCAAGACGGCCAACAGCCAGGGCCGCCGCAAGGGCCGCAUCACCCGCUCCAUGGCCAACGAGGCCGCGGCCACAGAGGACCCCUCCCCUCCGCCUCAACCUCCCCCUGAGCCUGCCCUCCGGCCAGAGCCCGCCGCGACAGCAAGGCAGCCCGAGCAAGUUGCCAAGAGCGGGCGGGAACAGGCCAAGACCCCCACCCCUCCCAUGGUAGUCAUGGACGCACAGUCGCACAAAGGGGCUCUGGAGGCUGGGGAGACGUCUCGCUGGACCGAGGAUGAAAUGGAAGUGGCCAAACAAGGGCUAGCGGAACACGGGCGCAACUGGACGGCCAUCGCCAAGAUGGUGGGCACCAAGAGCGAGGCGCAGUGCAAGAACUUCUACUUCAACUACAAGAGACGCCACAACCUGGACAACCUGCUGCAGCAGUACAAACAGGAUGCUCGGCGGGGGAGUGGUGAUGGGGAUGUGAGUCAGGGUGAGGGCGGGGCCUCUGCUGCUGCCGGCGACGAUGAGAAUGAGGGCUCCAAUGAGGAUGACAACCCAGGAGACAGCGAAGGUGCAGAGAACAGCUCGGACACGGAGAGCGCCCCCUCUCCAUCCCGGCCCGAGUCUGCCAGGGGCCUCGACCGGCAGGAGGCCGGCGCCCGGGGCCCCCUCGGAGGGGAGGCCCCACCGGGGAGGGGCCGCAGUCCCGGGAGCGAGGGCCCCGGCGUGAAGGAGGAGGGUAACCCCGAAACACGGCUCCUCCUGCCGGACCAGACGGACCGGGAGCGCCCCCGCGGCGCGGAGUCCGGGUCCGGGGCCCGUUCGGGCCCCCAGGGCGACGGCCCCUCAGAGCACGACUCCAGCGCCACCUGCAGCGCCGACGAGGACAUGGACAUGGAGCCGGAGCGGCUGAGCCUGUUCCCCGGGGAGAAGAGGUCCCUGCAGAGUCCUCCCGGCUCAGUGCUGGUGUCUGCAGGAAAGCAGGGCCACCUGAGCACCCAACACCUGCAGCAGCAUGCUGCCACCAUCCCUCCCAUGGCGUCCGUGCCCUUCGCCCCGUCCGGCGUGCCCCUCGGGCCCAUCAGCGGCUACGCCAUGUUCCAGCACCAGAUCACGGCCGCGCACGAGUCCGCCCACCAGGACGAGCGCUGGCGCCAGGACCCGGGGGAGCCCGAGAGGUGGCCGCCCCACUGCUCCCGGAUCUCCUCCAGGAGCCCCACCGUCCUGGACCGGGAGGGCACGAACCAGGGGGCCCCGAACCUCCAGGACUCGCCCCGCGGCCCGUUCCCCCGGCACGGCCCGCGCCCCCCCAACAUUCCGUCUCCGCCCCCGCUCAUCCCGUCUGCCAAGCCCCCCGACAAGCCGGCCUUCAUCCAGGGGGGCUCCAUCUCGCAGGGAACUCCUGGCACGUACCUGCCAUCCCACGGCCAAGCCGCGUACGGUCAGGAGGCGGCGAAGAGCGUGGCUGGGUCCAUAUCGCUGGGGUUGCCAAGGCUACCGGAUCCCGCCACGGCAGCAUCGUACGGCAGGCCAGAGGAGAGCUCGCACACGGAGGGGUACCUCACCCGCGCCCAGUAUGAGGGCAUGGUCAGGGGAAACCCUACCUCUGCCGGUCAGGACGGGGGCGUAACCAUGGGAACGCCUGCCAAAAUGUCCUCCGAGGCCCAGCCCUUCCGCCCCGGCUCCAUCACGCAGGGGACGCCGGCCCUGUCCCAGCCGGGCGUGGCAGUGGACGUGCUGUUGAAGGGCACCAUCGCCAAACUGGCCACGGAGGAGCACGGCAACCCCGAGAGGCCCAGGGGCGAGGCCUUCUCCAAGGGCCACGUCAUCUUCGAGGGCGAGAGCGGCCACAUCGUCUCUUACGACUCCAUGAAGAACCCCAGAGAGGGCAUGAGGAGUCCCCGGGUGGGAGGGGAGCUCAAACGGUCCCACGACAUGAUGGAGGGCUCCAUGGGCACCGGACCCCCCCUCCGAGAGUCUGCACUUUAUGAAGGUUUGGUGAGCCGGGCCAUGCCGAGAGACGGCCCCCACCCCGACCCCAAAGACAGGGGCCAGCUCCCGGGGUCCAUCAUGCAAGGCACACCGCGGGGGGCGGCCGAGGCCUUCGAGGACGGGCACAAGUACGGCAAGCAGACGAAGAGGGAGAGCCCCCCCGUGCGCUCCUUCGACGGGGGCAUCAGCAAGGGCAAGCCCUACGAGGGGGUCAACACCAUCAAGGAGCUGGGCCGCUCCAUCCACGAGAUCCCCCGACAGGACCUCUCUGAGAGGGGCAGCCGCAAAACCCCCGACCUCCCGCCCGGCUCCCUGUCCCAGGGAGCCCCGCUGAAGUACGAGGGCAGUGGCAUGGGCCAGUCGGCCAUCAAGCACAACGUGAAGUCCCUGCUGUCGGGCCCCAGCAAGCCCGCCCUGGGCCCGGCCCCGCUGGAGCCCGAGAGGGCCCGCCACACCUCGGUGGUGAGCUCCACCGCCUCCGUCCUGCGCUCCCCGCACCUGGACCCCGGCCGGCCGCAGCUCAGCCCCGGGGGGUACGAGGAGCAGGCCGGCCGCCGGGGCCUGGCAGCCUACGGGCCCGGCUCCUCAGCACGCGCCUCGCAGGAAGGGAGCGUUCCCGCCGGGAAGGGCGCCGGGCACGAGCGGAAGAGCGCCCCGCCGCAGCGGGAGAGGGAGGCCGCGCCCGCCAAGUCGCCCGGGACGGGGGCCGAACACGGGCCCUACGACCCCCACCACCGCGUCAUGAUGCCCGGAGAGGUGUACAGAGCCCACCUCCCCCACCUGGACCCUACUGCCGCCUUCCACCGAGGCAUGGACCCAGCCGCGUAUUUAUUCCAGAGACACCCCUCCCCCGCCGGUUACCCCAACACCUACCAGCUGUACGCCAUGGAGAACACUCGCCAGACCAUCCUCAGCGAUUACAUCACCUCCCAGCAGAUGUCACCACGGGAACAGCAGCUGGCUGUGCCCUAUCCUCCUGGCUCCCAAGGGAUUAUUGAUCUGGCCCAGAUGCCUCCUGCAAUCCUAUUGGCCCACCCCGGGGUGGCGGGCACGCCCCCUCUGGACCGGUAUGGCUACAUCCCUGGAGGGCAGGCUCCAUUCCCACCGCGACCUUUCAACCCGGCGUCCAUUUCCCCAGGACUCCCAGCCCACUAUGCCAAUGCAGCAGCUAACGCCGAGCGGGAACGAGAGCGCGAACGAGAGCGCGAGAGGGAGCGCGACCACGAGCACCGGGAGAGGGAGCGGGAGAGGGAGAGGGACCGGGAGCAGAGGGACCGGGAGCAGAGGGACCGGGAGCAGAGGGACCGGGAGCAGAGGGAGAGGGAGAGAGACCGGGAGCGGGAGCGCAUGGUGGCCAAUGAGUACCUGCGUGGAGUCGCUGAGCCGCAGGGCAGGCCUGGUAGCCGUGGUUACCUGCGCUCCCCCUCCCCCUCCACAAGGCCGCAGGAGAGCGGGGUGCAGCAGAGGCCCAGCAUCUUCCAGAACACCAACAGCAAGAGCGUCAUCACCCCGCUGCCGCAUAUCCCAUCAUCCUCUCUGGCGGGCUCGCGGCGAGGCGCCCCCCCGCCCGACACCCUGGCGGCGCUGGUGGACGCGGCGCUGGCGUCCCCUCAGCUGGACGUGGGCCGGGCCCUGUCGCCGCGGCGACCGGCCCCGCCCGCCGAGCCGGCGCUCCAGAGGCAGGACGGCUCGCCGUUCGCCGCGCUGCCCGGCGGGAAGCCCCCCGGCGAGGCCGGCAGGGAGCGGCCGCCCGCCACCAAGUCGCGCAUCGAGGAGGAGCUGCGCACCCGCGGCAAGACCACCAUCACCGCCGCCAACUUCAUCGACGUCAUCAUCACCCGCCAGAUCGCCUCCGACAAGGAGUCCCGCGAGAGGGGCUCCCAGAGCUCCGACUCUUCCGGAAGCUUGUCUUCCAGUCGCUAUGACGGCACUAGCCCCGCCCCCUCUACAGCACAGGCCCAGGAGAGACAGGAGGACCGGCCUGUUCCCAGCACAGGCUCCGCCCGCCCUUUCGAGCUGCACCGCUACCGCCAGCCCCAGGAGUCCUUCCCUCAACAGAAGCCCCCCUCCCCCCAGACUGAGGGGGCCUCCCAGGCCCCCAAGACCCACCAGGUCAUGACCCUGGCAGACCACAUCUCGCACAUCAUCGUGCAGGACUUCGUCCGAAACAAGGAGCACAACCCCCGGCCCUCCUCCAACGGCUCCCCUGCCACCUCCACAUUCCAGGCCCCCGCCCCAUCGUCCUCCAGCUCGGCCCCCGGCCCGGCCAGGCUGCCCGGCCGCUGCAGCCCCGAGGCCAAGGGGCCCUUCGGCCACCACCCGAGGCCUUCCAGCAGAGUGUCCCCUGAGAGCGCCCCCGACCGGCCCAGGACCAGGCCUGGGAAGUCUCCGGAUCAGAGCGGAGCAUCACUGGACAGCUACGAGCCCAUCUCCCCGCCGCAGAGUUACGCCGCCCUGGACAAACAGGACGCUGGCCCACCGCAGCCCCAAAGGCGGGAGGAGGACCCCCCCGAGCAGAGUUCCAGGCAUGAUUCUCGCUCCCCCGGGAGCGUGAGUUACCUGCCCUCCUUCUUCACGAAGCUGGAGAACACCUGCCCCCUGGUGAAGUCCAAGAAGCAGGAGAUAUUCCGCAAGAUGAACUCUUCGGCUGGAGGCGAUUCUGAUGUUGCAAGUGCACAGCCUGGCACUGAGAUAUUCAACUUGCCGGCAGUUACCAGCUCAGGCAGCGUCGGCGGGAGGAAUCACUCCAUCAGCGAGCACGCCAGCAACCUGGGUCUGGAGGACAUCAUCCGCAAGGCCCUGAUGGGCACCAUGGACGACCGGCCGGAGGAGAGCUCGAACACCGGCCCCCCUGCAGGCCCCAACGAGGGCCGGCAAGAAGCCAGCCGUUCCCCCAGCAACGCGGGCAAGCAGAGGCCCUCGGGGAGAGCCAGCAGCGGGAAGCCCCAGUGCCCUAGCCCGGGACAGGGCUACCCCGGGUCGGAGCGGCCCUCCCCUGGACCCCCCACGCAGUCCGAGGGGGACUAUCAGCGCAAGAAGGUGGCGGGGUGGGCCUGGGAGGACAAGCCUUCAUCUGCAGGCUCCGCCCAGUUCUCAUACAACCCCCUGACCAUGCGCAUGAUGAACAGCACCCCGCCCGCCUCGGCAGCGACCACGCCCCCCUCCCACCAGGCCCCGCCCCCGAGCCGCGCGUGGGAGCGCGAGCCGCUGCUGUCGGAGAAGUACGAGACGCUGUCCGACAGCGACAACUGAGCGCGCGCGCGCGGGGUGGGAGGGGCCAGGACGCUGCGGCCGACAGCAUUGGAUGGAACGAAGGUGCUUUGUUUUGAGUGACAGACUCCCACCGAAGCUUUAAAAUGCAGUCUGUCUUCAGGCAGCGAUAUUGUUGUAAAGUAAAAUAAUAAUAAAUAAAUAAAAAAACAUCUUCUAAUGUAAAAAAGAAAAAAAAGAAAAAAAGGAAUAAAAAUUAUUUCAUUUUUUAAAAUUCAAUUUAUGUUUAUAAAAAAAGAAAAACCUUAAUGUCUUUAAAAUGAGUGAAUGUAAAUAUAAAAAAGCUAAUUUUUGCAGUUAUUAUUCUUUUCUUGUUCGUGAUGAAAUGUCAAUCCACUUUUUGGGAGAGGUGGGGCAGGUGUAGUUUGGCCUCUUCCUCAAAGCUUGAGGUGUGUGUUCCGGAGCCCCUGUGAACUAGCCUAAGGCACACAUCGUCUUGUACAUAUUAUAAAAUCCAAUAAACUACCAUUGACGUUUCAACACUAUUACACUUGUCCAUUAGCAGCACUGUAGCAGUAAUGCACAGAUUGUUCUAUGUUAUUAUUAUUAUUUUAUUUUUUACUUUUUUUAAAGUCUUCUCUCGUUGUUGUUUUUUUGGGCAAGGCCCAAUAUUCCAAACACUGGCAUCACAGUUUUGAAGACGGAAGGAGAAAUAAGCUUGACCUUGCAUUUUUAAAUUGAGUUUUUGUUUUCUUUUAUUUUAAUUUGAACGUAUGUAUGUUCUUUUUUGUUGUUGUUUUUCUUCCCUCGUCAGUGCCCAGUUGGUCAAUGUCAGUGUUUUAUUGACAGACGCGGCAUUGCUGAAGUCAGAAGAAAUGGGGAAUGGGGGUUUAUUUGGUGCUUAUUGAUGUCACCGAAUGUUGUCCUGUGUUCUACCAUUUCCUGUUGACACCAGGCUGCAUGGGCCGGCAGGAAGUGGACACUUUUGUUUUCUUAGCGAAUAAGCGACAGCGUUUUUCUGCAUUUUAUAUAAUCCUGCAGUAUCUAUGUAUCAGAAUCCCCUGAAAUACUGAUCAAGAAAACAUUUUAUGCCCCAUUACUAAAAUUUUUGGUACUGCGAUUUGUAAAGCAAAACAGAGUAACCUGAGCUCUCUUGUAAUGGAUUUUUGAUAAUGUGAGCUGCUUUAUCCUGAAACCAGCUCUGCCUCUCUUACUGCUUUCCUACUUACCGCGUUGUGACAAACGACUGACCCUGCUAAUUCAAUUUCCCCUUUAUUCGUUUUUCUUUUCAUGCCUGGUUUCACUCUUCCCUGGCGAACAGUGAUGUGCUUUCACAGUUCUCGUCCUGUCCCGUGCCCCGCCUUUUUGGGUGCGGGCGGGGCCGCCCCCUCUCCGUCUUGCUCCUGGCCUGCAGACUGCAGCCGCCCAAUCAGUGAGAGAAGUGGCUGGCCCUUUCCCCGCCCAGUCAAUGCUGCGGCCAAUCAGGCGCCUCCCGUGGGACUCCGUGGCCACAGUGAGGAAAGUUCAGAGGUCGAUUCUGGACGGCGAUACUGCACUGUGUCUUACCUGAAGCCCCAACCCAGGAAUCCCCCUCAUUUAUGUAUGAGAUACACAGCUAGCUUCGGCAUCGACUGAAUCGCAAUAUUCGCAAUAUCACGCUUUGGUCAUUGUCAACUUAAAUGACUGUUCUCAAAACCUGUUAAGGGAUAUGUCAUUUAUUGUGCUGAAUAGAGAAAAGCCUAUGAUAUACGUUAUAUUCACUCACCUUUUAUUAUUUCUGUAUUUUAACACCCUGAUGUUUGUGUUUCACUUAAGUUACAACGAAUCUACUUGCGCUUAAUCCUUACACUGUUUUGGCAGAAGAAUAUCUGUCUUUAGCAGUUGAAAUUUUGUUACAAAGAAGUCGGUGCGUUCUUCCAGCCUGUUUUACGAUGAUUUAUUAUUUCCUUUUGUUUAAUAUGAGACUUGAAAGCCUGUGCACCCAUGCUGUCCAAAUGCUUAUAUUGCACAAUGUCUUUUUAGUAGUCUAUCUUACGCAUUGGAACCAGUCAAUAAAGUGGAUCAAUUCUCCACCUGUCUGACA